AUGGUGAAGCUUGAUGUCUCCCUGCUGCGCUAUCUCGAGGACGAGGACUACCGCGCGCUGACGGCGCUCGAGAUGACGAUGCGCAACCACGACGUGGCGCCGACGGUUCUCAUUGAGCGCAUCGCCCAACUCCCGCACGGCGGCUGCCGCAAGCGCCUGCAGCUGCUGCUCCGCCAGAAACUCAUCCACCACGAGAACACCGCCUACGACGGGUACGCGAUGAAGUACGGCGCCUACGAUGCCCUCGCGCUGCACACAUUACACCGCCGCGGGGCGCUGGAGGCCGUCGCCCACCGCAUUGGCUGCGGGAAGGAGUCCGACAUUCUGCUCGCCUCCGACGGCGCCGGCCGCGAGUGUGUGUUGAAACUCCAGCGACUCGGCCGCUGCAGCUUUCGAAGUGUAACGCGGCAUCGUGACUACAAAGGCGGCGGUCGGCGGCGAAGAGGGGCGAGUUGGUUCUUUCUCUCAAGACUCGCAGCAGCGAAGGAGUUUGCCUGUCUCACGGCACUACAUGCAGCCGGACUGCCAGUGCCAGCCCCCAUCGCACACAACAGACACGCUAUUGUGAUGGAACUCGUAAACGGAGUUACACUUAACAACAUUACCACUCUCGGAGAUCCAGCAUUGGUGUAUAAACGUGCACUUGAACUCCUCGUACGUUUAGCAGAACAUGGUCUUGUCCAUGGUGACUUUAAUGAGUUUAAUAUUUUGGUCACAGAGGAAAUGAAGGUUAUUGUCAUUGAUUUCCCACAAAUGGUUUCUAUAAAUCAUCUAAACGCUGCAGAACUCUUCUACCGUGAUGUGGAGAACCUCGCUAACUUUUUCCACAGACGAUUUAAGUUAACUACACUAUACUAUCCUACACUUGAGAAGGAUGUUAAACGAAAGGCAGAUUUGGAUAAGGAGGUUUUUGCAAGUGGAUACUUUACAAAUAGGCAACAACAGGAGCUUGAACGGUUAAUGCAAGACCAAGAUGCUCACAACGACGAAAGCGACGAGGAAGAUGAGGAACAAGAGGAAGAGGAUAAAGAAGAAGGAAAAGAAGAAGAAGAAUUAGUAGUGACCAAUGAAGUGAAACAGGAAGAAAAUGAAGUAGUAGCCGAUAUUACUACCACCAACACUGUUUCACAUGACAAGGGAGGAAAAGAAAAUGAAAAGGAUCACGAAAACAAUAAUCAUGAAGAUGAAGAAGAUGAAGAUGAAGAAGAUGAAAGCGGAAGUGAGAUGGGAUCUCUGGAUGAAGAUAUUGCUAAAGCCGUCAUUCAACGUCGACAACAAAAUGCCAAUUUCACGGCAAAUGGCGGUGUAAAUGAGGCCUACGUACGCUCACAGGUGCGGCGUGAUCUCCGCCAGAGAGACAAUCAUCAGUUCAAUAAAGGCCUUCAUCGUAAUGUGCAGAAGGGCCGGCAGAAGCAGAAGAUACGCCGUCAAAUUAAACAGGGAAUGAGCAAUGGCCUCUUUGACUGA